UCGACCGGAAUCCACCCAACUUCUACUUCCUACUUGGAAACACCGCCGCAGCUUUCUGCGCCUUUUACGCACGUUGACCCCCCCCGCGGCACCUCGGACGCUCCGGUCCGGUUCUGGAGGUUCAUUCUCUCACUUGGGCGGGUUCAAUGACGUAAUCACGUGAUGUUUAUCUGGGACCAUUAAUCACCGGGACAGGCUCCGCGCGCCGCCACUCAGCUUUGGAGGAGUUCCCGGACCACCGGGGGGACCAGCGCGGUGCGCCCCUGGAGAUUUACGGCCGCGGUCGAGUCCUGACACGGGGUCGUUAAUCAUCAGAGCCCCGCUGGCCCCGGUGCCGAGCAGUGCCGCUGCAUCUCCUGGUCCUGAUCCCUCCGCCGGGACCCGCUGCUGAACUGGCUCAUCCGGACCCAACACGCCACCUCGUCCUGAAGCCGAUGGCAGCCUUCAUCCUCACCCUCCUCUUCCUCCUCAGCGAGCUGGACGGGAUUCGGCCUGAUGUCAAUCCAUCCAGAGACCCGACAGGUAGGUGAAGAGCCCAUGUGUUACGACUGGGGAGAAUCCAGCGAAGGUAAUGUCUCGGUCCUGGAUGGGGAGGCUGGUUGGCUGUCCUGCCCUCUUUUCUCUCAUCCCUCCGUCUACAACUACACCUCCACCCAGAGCGCCGGACACAAUCUGUUCUGGUACCGAAUCCUGGAGGGCCAGGACCUGGAGCAGCCAAUCACAUACAGCUCGCGCCUCAGCAAAGAGCGAGAGAGGCUGUGGCUGCAGCCGGCGGCCGCCAGCGACGGAGGACUCUACAUCUGCAUGCUGCGAAACAAGUCAUCCUGCAGUAAGAUCGCCAUGCGUCUGAAGGUGCUCUACCGCCAUGGCGGCACGGUGAACGACACCAACUGUGAACCUCCGGUUGCCGUGGCAGCGACUCACGUCUACAUCCCCCUGCAGCAGGGGAAGAACCUGGACUGUCCAGAUCUGGAGGACGCGUCCAAGAUGUCAGAGAGCCAACCGAGCGUCACCUGGUCCCACGUGAGAUUGAACAGCUUGUCUCGGAGUUGCAGUCGGUAUCCGUUCUGGAACAGUGAGCGGGAGCAGCGAGGACCCAGUCUGCGGUUUCACGUCAUGCUGGAUUCGUAUCAGGGUCUGUAUUACUGCAUCGUCCAGUACCAGCGAAGAGGCCGGACCCUCCAGUUCACCAGGAGCAUCAACGUCUCUGCAAUCUAUCCCACCAAUGUGUCCAAGAAAGCCAGCAUCCUCAACCCCACCAAAGACCAGGUCUUCACCGUCAAAUCAGACUCCGAGGUCCGUCUGGUGUGCAGAGCUCUGUUUCCCUUCAUCCAACACAACCCUGACAGGGAGAUGUGGUGGACGGUGGACGGGAAGAUGCUGGAAAAACUCCCCGAUCAUCACCGAUUCUCCCAAAGUUUCAGAGUGGUGAAGAAUGAUUUCAAGGACCAGACCGUGGAGAGCGUCCUGCUGGUCCAGGACUUCCAGUCGGAGGACCUGAAGCGGGAGUUUAACUGCUCCGUGAGGAACAAGAUCAGCUUCGAGACCCGCAGAGCUCAGCUGGAGGAAGAAGUGUCGCUGCCGUCCGUGGAGCUGGGCUGCGGUCUGGGUGUCACCCUGGUGCUCAUGCUGCUUCUCUUCGUGGUUUAUCAUGUCUUCUGGUUGGAGCUGCUGCUGCUGUACCGCUCCUGGUUCGGCACCGACGAGCGACACACAGAUGAAAAGGAGUACGACGUGUACAUCUCUUACGCAAGGAACAGCGAGGAGGAGCAGUUUGUUCUGUCCACGCUUCGCAGCGUUCUGGAGAAUGAGCUUGGAUACUCGGUGUGCAUCUUUGACAGAGACAGUCUACCUGGCGGGACCAUCACAGAUGAGACUCUGAGUUUCGUGGCUCGUAGCCGGCGGCUCCUGGUGGUUGUUAGUCCUGGCUAUGCCUCCCAGGGCUCCCAAGCCCUGCUGGAGCUGAAGGCCGGCAUCGACGGCAUGGCACUAGGGGGACACCUGCAGGUGAUCCUAGUCCAGUACAAGCCAGUCCAGAGGCAGGGCUGGGUCAGGGAGCUCAGGAGGGCCCGGGUAGCUCUGGUGGUGGUUCGAUGGCAGGGGGACAAGUCCAGGGAGCUGACGUCCCGCUUCUGGAAGAGGCUGAGGUUGGAGUUACCAGUGAGAAAGGUUAGCAGUGGGUCGAGCAGCAGGGACGUGGCUCUGAUGAGGCUCACCAGUCAGAACAGUACGAACUCCCAAACGGGCCUCAUCAGUAACACUGUGAAAGAGCCGCAGAAAGUCUUCAACUCUGCAGCGUAGCCACAAUGGAUGGAGUGAAACCUGCACACAGUUGAUUUUUCAAAGAAAGUUUUUAUCUCAGAAGAAAUUAAACAAGGUUUCAGUUGAGGAUUGGGAGAAAUUAUAUCCAAAGCAGGGUUUCAGAUUCAGUUAGAAAGCCACAGAGUCAGACUGGAAGUCCACAACCAUGCUACCAGCUAUGCUAGUAGUCAUGCUAGUAGUUUGAUUACUUCAUGAGUUGAAACAUUAUGUUACAUCACAUAUUUUUGGACAAAUUUGGUUUGGUUCUUGUCCCCACGACCGCAACAUACAAACAUAAAGUCCUAACAGCUUUUUUUUAGAGGUACCAGACUAGUCUGGAAGUCAGUUAGAAAACCAAAGAGUCACAAUGAAGUGUGCCGUUUGAAGAUAAUAGUUGUUGACAUGUUAAUAGAAUAAGGCGGAUUUCACAGCCAUCUGUCCACUCAAAAACUGUUUUUUUCUUCAGAAAAAAAAUCAUCAAACAAGGUUUGGAAUUAAUCACAAAAUAGGGUUUCAGAAUCAGUUAGAAAACCACGGUAAAACCGGAAGCCUACAGCCCUGCUAGUAGCUAUGCUAGUAGCCAAGCUAGCAGUUUGGUUGUUUCAUAAGUUGAGACAUUAUGUUAGAGUAAAUCACACAUCACUUUUCUUGGACUAAUUAGAUUUGGUUCUCGUCUGAACCAACACGAAAUCGAAUUGGGGAGGUACCAGGCUAGUCUGAAGUUUAAGAAGUACUUUGCUGCAGUUAAGAUGAGAGAAAACCAUGAUCUGUACCACCAGCUGGAAGCCAUAUUGAGUCAAGUCUCUCAGCUGUUCUCCAUGUGGUUACACCAUGUGGUGUUUUGGUGGGAUUACCGGUAGAACUGUCAAUCAUCUGCAUAGCCGUUAUACAAGAAGUCUGUUGUCAUAGUUCAUAUGAAUUAUAUAUGUUGGGGUAUUCUGUUAGCUUGGCUUAACAAUUAACAACAUUUAUAUGUGAGCUUUGCAAGUCAGGGAACUCUAACCUUGUAGGUCGCUUCGAUUUACCACCCUUUCAGGUCAUUAGAGGACAAAAAUGUCCUCUCCUAAAAACUGCUAUAUGGAAAAUUAAAACAGUGACAUCAUGUCAUCAUUAAAAGUUUAAUAUAAUUUAAAUAUAACAUAUCUGGUACUUUUUAUUAGGACUGAAGAUGAUUAAGAGAUUAAGAAAAGAUAUUAAAAAUAUUGAUCUGUAAUGUUUUUAUAAAUCACGUGUGGUUUUUGGAGAUGACGUUUGUCCUCUAAUGACCCAAAAGGGUAAUAAAUUUUUCUCAGGUGUCCUUUUCACCUUUAGGAAAAGCUUAAAUUGGGAUUUUAAAGUUCUUCAAGAGAAAUACUUUCUUGGCCCAUUUUGAAGUAACACAACCACAUUAGAGGCCAUCAGUUGAAGGAAAAAUGUCCUAAAGCAACAAGAAAGUCCAUAAUGGCCUACAUAAGAUAAAAGGAAAAGGUACAGUUUAGUCAAGAGAUGAUACCAGGAGGGAAAACUCUGGAAAGGAACGAUGAAGCAGUCAGAAUGUCUCAGAUUAAUUCCAUUAACUCUUGUUAAACUCAGCCUCAGCAUUAUUUGUUCUUAUAAACACCUUUUUUUAUAUCGUAAAUAAUUUUCAUUCUCACGCUAUCUGAUUAUAAAGUAGCUGCUCUAUAUUUUCCAUUAAUGCUUUAAAGAGUCCAGUCACAGUGUUUUGUAUUCUGGCUGAACUGGUGCUAAAUGUUUUGAGAUGUUUAUGUAAUAAAACAGAGAAUUUCAGCCUGCUCUAGCCAGAUUGGUGGAUUCACGAAUGGUUCCA